AUGCAGAAAGCAGCAGCGUCAAAAUCUGAUCCAAAACCUUCUCAAAUUUGGCAUCCUCCAAAUAAUACGGAAGUUCAUAAUCACCACCGUGAUGAUGAUAACGAUCGUUUUUAUCAUGGAGUGAAUUUCACGACCCAGAGAGGGUUCGGGACGAAACUCAAGUCGGGGUUGAAGGAAACGUUGUUUCCUGAUGACCCCUUCAGGCAGUUCAAGAACGAGGAGAAGCCAAUGAGGAGGGUGAUGAAAGGGCUGCAAUACUUCAUCCCUAUCUUUGAGUGGCUACCAACAUACAGUUGGCGUCUCUUUUGCUCUGACUUGAUUGCUGGCCUCACCAUCUCAAGCCUUGCCAUCCCUCAAGGCAUUAGCUAUGCCAAACUUGCUGAUCUUCCUCCCCUCAUUGGCCUUUAUUCAAGCUUUGUCCCACCGUUAGUGUAUGCUAUUUUUGGGAGUUCAAGGCACAUGGCAGUGGGGACGAUAGCAGCAGCAUCAUUGCUGAUUGGUCAAACCAUACAAACCGUGGCAGACCCAGAUGAAGACCCAACCUUGUAUCUUCAUUUGAUUUUCACAACCACCUUUAUCACCGGAGUUUUCCAGGCUUGUUUGGGAAUUUUCAGGCUGGGGAUAUUGGUGGACUUCUUCUCUCAUUCUACCAUCAAUGGCUUCAUGGGAGGGACAGCAGUAAUUCUGAUCCUCCAACAACUUAAGGGGGUGUUUGGCAUGGUACAUUUUUCACAUAAAACCAACUUGGUGGCAGUGGUGAAGAGCAUCAUCGACAAUAGACACGAGAUUAGGUGGGAACCUACAGUUCUUGGUGUGGUCUUCCUAGCUUUCUUGCAAUUUACCAGAUACUUGAGGAACAAGAACCCAAAACUCUUUUGGGUACAGGCUAUAGGUCCAAUGGUGACUGUGGUAGUUGCUGGCGUUUUCACCUACCUAGUCAAGGGCCAAAAUCAUGGAAUUCAAAUUGUGGGGCAUCUAGAUAAAGGAUUAAAUCCAUUGUCCAUUCACUAUUUGAACUUCAAUGGUAAAUAUUUACCAGCAGUUUUGCAAGCUGGUCUUAUCACAGGGGUGUUAUCAUUAGCAGAAGGAAUAGCAAUAGGAAGAAGCUUUGCUGUGGCUGAUAAUUCACCUCAUGAUGGGAACAAAGAAAUGAUAGCUUUUGGUCUUAUGAACUUAUUCGGAUCUUUUACUUCCUGCUACUUGACUAGUGGACCAUUUUCGAAGACAGCAGUGAAUUACAAUGCAGGGUGUAAGACUGCGAUGGCGAAUGUGAUACAGGCAGUAAUAAUGGCAAUGACGUUACAAUUUUUGGCACCAUUAUUUGGCUACACCCCUCUUGUUGCUCUCUCAGUCAUUAUCAUAUCUGCCAUGCUCGGUCUCAUUCAUUAUGAAGAAGUCAUGCAUCUCUUCAAAGUUGACAAGUUUGAUUUUGUCAUUUGCAUGGCUGCAUUCCUUGGAGUUAUCUUCAUAAGCAUGGAUGUUGGCCUCAUGAUUUCUGUUGGACUUGGGCUUCUUAGAGCACUUUUGUACGUGGCUAGACCAUUGCCAUGCAAGCUUGGAAAGUUGCCUGAAAUAGGCUUAUACAGAGACACUGAGCAAUAUAAUGUUUCAACAUUCCGAGGGGUUAUUAUUAUUCAACUUGGUUCUCCCGUUUACUUUGCGAAUUCUAUUUAUGUCAAAGAAAGGAUUAUGAGGUAUAUUCGAAGUGAGCAAACCGCCACUGGAGAUAAUGUUGAGCACAUCAUAAUUGAUUUAUCAGGAGUGACAUCGAUUGACACAACUGCAAUUAAAGGAUUGGAUGAGAUGAUUAAAGUGUUGACAAAGAAUGGAACUAAGACAUUGUUAGUAAACCCAAGAGUGGAGGUGAUGGAGAAGCUUCUGGCAUCAAAAUUUGUUGACAAAAUUGGGAAGGAGACAUUCUAUCUAACAUUGGAUGAUGCAGUGAUGGCAAGCCAAUAUUCUCUUCGUUCAUCAAAGGAAAAUAAUAAUGGUGAAGAUGGCCUCGUUUAA